AUUGUUGCAUGUGACUGAUGAUGUGAGCAUGUUCGUUUCAUAAUAAAAAUGUUGCCAGGUAACCAAAAAGUCGUAUGUUUUUGUGCGAAUUACGAUCAUAAUCUUUACGAUCGUACAUUAAAAAAUAGACAAAUAAUAGUAUGAGUACGAUUUAAAUCGUAUAUCUGUCAACCCUGCUAGCAAGACAGCGACAAAAUCACGUUGCAUAACAAUGUAGCCCAAGCUUAUAUCUUAUGAAAUAUACGGAAGAGAUACGGACUUAGAAAAAACAGAAAUGUUGUUCUUUGUGGAAGUCAUUGAUGAAAUUCUAUGUAUUUUAGCCCGCAAACUUUCUUCAAACAAAAACAGCGCCAUCUAGUAUCGAGUUCUGUAAUUAUCUCUUUGUUUAUGGAUUUGAAGUAAGACCGCCACGCAUGCAAUACAUUAUGACUGGGGAUUCCCCUAUUCGUCGACGCUGAAUAUGAGGCGACGACAAUCACUGUCAAACGUGUUCACUAUUACUCUGACUCUGGUAACGUGACUUCCUGGUAACGUGUUAGGUAGGAAAAGCAGUAAAAAAGUGCAUAUUAAGGGAGCAGAUUUGAAAUAAUAUUUAUACUUAACAAGAAAUAAUUAAAGGUUCAAUGGGGAGACCUAAAGAUUUACGCAUAUGGGAGCACUACCGUACUUUACCAAACAAGUCUGUUUCUUGCAAGCUUUGUAAUAAGGUCUACAAAUUCAGUAAUGCUGCCAAAAUGCUUCAACAUCUUAUCACUUGUCCAAAAUCUCCAGAAACAUUAAAAGACUCUAUGAAACUUAUAAAAGAUAGCUCGUCCAAAACCAAAAUGUCUGGACUGUCAGAGAUAGAGACAAAUGAUUCUUUUAUAAGCCCCUCGUCGUCUGCUAACACUACAAUAAAUGCUGAGUUUCAAGACACCGAUGAUCAUAUAAAAACAGAAUUAGCGAGAGCUAUAUUUGUAACAGGGACGCCAUUAUCGAUGGUGCAACAUCCUUUAUGGAUACAAUUUUUCGAAAAAUUGCAACCAAAAUUUAAAAUACCUUCACGUAAAGCUUUAGCGACAAAAUACUUAGAUAAAAUAUAUAGAGAAAUGCGUUUUGAGUUAAAUGAGGAACUAAAUGCUUGUAGUUACUUACACCUUCAGUGCGAUGGCUGGUCUAAUUUAAGAAAUGAAGGAAUAAUAAACUUUCUUAUAUCAAAACCUCAACCUGCAUACGUUAAAAGUUUGAAUACAGAAAGUAAUCCUCACACUAGUGAAUACCUUAGCCAAGAAGUUGAAAAAGUAAUGAAAGUGUAUGGAGCAAAUAAGUUUCUUGUACUUAUUGGCGAUAACGCUAGAAAUAUACAAAAGGCAUUCGAAUUAACAAAACUCAAAUAUCCACAUGUUGUUCCUCUCGGUUGCUGUGCACAUAUCCUUAACUUGUUGUGCCAAGAUAUUGUAAAGAUACAAGAAGUAACUGUGUUUAUUAUGCAAGCCAUAAAUAUAAUAAAAACUGUUAAAAGGAGUCAACGAUUAAGUUCCUUGUUGAUAAAAUCAAGGCAGGGUGAAGAUUCUACACAAACACUAAAAUUGCCUUGUGCUACAAGAUGGGGAAGUCAUGUUACUUCGUUAAAAAGUUUGAAAGCAAAUAAGAUAGCUUUGCAAAUAUUAACAGUUAGAGAAGAUGUGGUAAUUUCAAGAGAUAUUAAAGAUUUAAUUCUAAGUGAUGAUUUCUGGACGAAGACAGGGGAAUGUAUAAGUAUUUUGGAACCAGUCACUGAAAGCAUAUUUUACUUAGAGAGCGACCAGAAUCGUUUGCAUCGCACAUACAUUACAUUUAGAGAUGUACAAGCUAAGAUACGUUUUGCAUUAAAUGAGAUUUCGACAUUGAGCGAAGAAAGCAAACAGCAGAUUCUAACAUCAGUAUCUUCAAGAUGCAAUAUGGCAAUGAGGCCAAUACAUUUUGCAGCAUAUAUUCUAGACCCCAGGACUCUAGGAGUCGAACUUACUCAAGAGGAAGAACUUAAGGGUAUGGAGUUUAUCUACAAUUUAAGCCAACACUUAAGUUUGUCAAAUGUAAUGGCAGAUUUGGCGUGUUAUAAAGCUAAAGAAAACUUUUGGGCCAGAGGAUUUGUAUGGAGCUCAUUAGAUAGCAUUGAGCCCCUAAUAUGGUGGAAAGGUAUUUGUGGUUCCACUGAGUUAAGCAAAGUAGCGAUUCGUAUUCUAUCAGCUCCCUGUACUUCGGCAGCCACUGAGCGUUCCUUUAGUAUCCAAGGCUACAUACAUAAUAACAAAAGAAAUCGACUUACAACUGAAAGAACUGAAAAAAUUUCAUUCAUUUGUUAUAACUGGAAUCUUAAACAUAAAGCUGAAUGCGAGGACAUUCAGUUUAAUGAAGAAAAUACCUUAGAAGCUUUCAUUGAGCAAGUAAAUGAACAUAACAGUUUAGACGAAAUAGAGCCUAUCGAACCUAUACAAUUCAUCGCUUGUAAUAACUCUGAAUCUGACAGUGAUUGACUGUAGUUUUACAUUUUACUUUCAUCUCUUUCUUAAUAAACUCAAAAUCAAAUUAAAAGUUUUUUAUUCUGUAGGCUGCAUAAUAAUAUUGUCUAUGUCCAGUAUAGUGGACGUCUUGCGGCUGAGAUGACGAUGAUGAAGUACAAAAUCAUAAACACCCAAAAAUUUGGGUGUUUAUGGGGUUUAAACCCAAUAAACCCAAAACACCCGGUUUUUACCCACCAGACUUUAAACCCACCCAGGUGGAUUGCCCAUC